AUGCUUUGCGAUAGAGAACAGCAAUCCUCCUCCGCCGAACCCCCCGCACAGAAAGGUGCCUCCGGCGGUAGCCGCUUCAACAUCAGGAUGCGCUUCGUCACGACGCAGAAAGUCCUCGUCGUCGGAUUGUGUGCGCAGCUCGCCGUCUACGCUCUCUUCAACCUGGGCGUCUUCGUCGCCGCCUGCCGCACCUGGGCAGAUGAAGACGAAGCGUGGCACCUUUCAUCGUCGCGUUCGUCGCCGAGCCUUGCCUUGGGCAUGUUCAUGUUCCUACAGUACAACCACGUUCUCAACGCGGCAGUGGUGGGCAUCUUCGUGCCGGCGGUCAUGGCGGUCGUGGGCCUCUGCCGCAGAAAACGUGACUCCACCGACGCUCUGUGCUUGUAUUUCUUUCGUGGCAGCUCCCUCUGCUUUGUGUCGCUUGGGCUGGCCCUACUGCUCUUGGGGUAUCCGUCUUCGAGAGCCCAGACCGGCCAGGUCACCGAUGCAGACAUAGCCCUUGGAAUUAUAUCCAGUCUCAGCUUAAGCAUUGGAUUCUGGACCGCGGGUGUGUCGGCUCUCUUCGCAGCACCUCGUCAGAUCAACACCGACGUAUCCAGGGACCACCAUGGCUGAAGAUGGGGCAUUGCUGUUCGUCGGUAUUGAUUGCGAUGGCUGCGCAUAGGGGGCUGAUUGUCGCAACAGGCAUGACUGAGACGCAUGCGCCCCUAGGAGUGGAUAACACUUGUGUAGUAGCCUUAGCAAACAAUCGUCAGCUACGGAAUUCUUAAUA